CGUGAACCGCCCCGUUCUGCGUCGGCGGCUACGUCGAGCACGCCUGCGCCGACCGCUUCCACUCCGUCCCCGCGGGCGCGACGUAGCAGGAGGAGGAAGAAGGGGAAAUGGGGGGGAGAGGGGGGGGUAGGCUGCUGGCGGGGUGGUAGGGGGAGUUGUGCGCUAGAGGAGGCGCUGAUAUAAGGCCGCUCGUGAAUUUAUAUAUAUACAAUUGCCGUAGCAGGAGGACACAUACACGAUAAUACGUUAUGUAUAUGUAUGUACGGUACGAACUUGACGGGUAGGAAAAGUCUCGUUUUUGUGUAGCUCCGGAACCGACAAAGCGAGACAGAUUCCUCGCGCUGGAAUUGUCGCGAUCGGGUUUAAUAUCUCUACCCAGGUAUCAGCUGCCUCUAGCGUCUGCCAAGCGGCGCCGUCGCCCUCUCGGUCCCUGUCCCUAGUGCUCAAAGCCCCUCUUACAGUGCGCUCCCCUCCCUCGUGAAGCUUUCUAAAUCCCACCCUCUCACGCGUCUUCCACUCGACGUCAUCGACUCGGCCCGCCAUAACACCUAUAGCACAUACCUCUCUCUCUUCAGCACCUCUGCCCUCCGUCAAUUCAUCCCGCGCUCCAUCCACUAUCUUCUAAUAGUCUUCUCUACCUACCAUGUCGUCGCCCAGCCCAGAGCUGCGGCGCCAAGUCAUCGCGAUAUACAAAGAGCUCCUCUACCUCGGGCGCGAGUACCCGCACCCGGAGGGCUUCCGCUACUUCCGGCCGCGGCUGCACGCCGCCUUCGCCGCCAACGCGCACCUGCGCGACGACGACGCCGUCCGCCGCGCCGUCGCGCGCGCCCACUACAUCAAGAGAGAAAUCGAAGCGCUGUAUUACCUGAAAAGGUAUCGAACGUUGAGAAAACGAUAUAGCGAAGCGUGAAGACUAGGCGGAGAGGGGACGCGAGGGAGAGGGGAGGGGAAGCGGAUGGCGCCCGCUGGCUUAAGUGUCUCUCAGCUAGGCGAGGCAAGGCAUGCGGUAGCUGGUUAUCGCCCGAGGUCGCGUCCGCGUCAUCAGGCGGGAAGCCUAGUCCGGCGGGCGGAGGCUGAAGGGCCGGGCGUAAUUCUUAGGAGGGGGGUGGGAGAGACGACGAUGAUGAUAGAAAUCGACAAGGUCGGUUAUUAAGGGA